AUGCUCUCUUCCUCUACUUCCGACUCGCCCUCCCUGAGUCGUCUCACACCGAGAUUAUCAGGCGGAUACGGGAAUGGGAAUAGAAGUAUGAGCCAAGCGAGCUUUGGGAGUAGCCAGUACCCCGGUGAAGACCCCGAGGCUUUUCGCAUCCGGUCGACAUAUGCGAGACUAGAGUCGGAAGGCGUACAUGGGGACGGAUACCUACCAGGGGUAGAGCGGACGCGGGGCGGGCCGAAUGUCGGUAAGAGAGCGACAAUGAUGGAGGCGCAGAAGGGGGAGGCGGUAGGUGAGAAGGAGAGGGGAUUUCUGUCCAGUCUGGAUCGAUAUGGCUUCAUCUCUGAAUCCGUCCGAAAUCGGUCUGAAUCCCGCCUAGCUCUAAUACCUACCGCCCCCCUCCUCAAGAUACCCAAACUCCCCUCGACCUCCCCGCUCGCUGGUCAGCCCCGCGUAGAUCCACCCCCGCCCGGACCGGGAGGUGGAGAUGGGCCGUCUCCCCGCCAGCCGCCAGCAAGGGGCGAGGCCGAGUCGGAGAGCUCAAAGCGGAAAGAGACGGAGAGGGUGGAGAAGUGGAUGCGGAUGAUGGGGGUCCAGAGACGGGAAGGUGGUAAUGCGGUCGAGUGGAGCUGGAAAGAUGAGGGGACGACCAAGGUGGGUAUCUUCUGUAAAGAUAUGAGAGGAAGAAGGCUGAUACCAAGGGUGUAUAAGGGUAUUCCAGAUAGAUGGCGUAUGGCGGCCUGGUGGACACUUGCCGAGGCGCGCUCGGGGGAACAUCACGGGAAAGGCAAGAAGAAGGCCGAAGAAUUGUGUUUCGAUUACCGAAACUCAAUUGACCUCCCCUCUUCCUUCGACGUCCAAAUCGACCUAGACGUCCCCCGGACAAUAUCGGGCCAUACGCUAUUCAUGACCCGGUAUGGCGCCGGGCAGCGAUCUCUCUUUCACGUCCUACAUUGCUUUGCGAUGCUCUGCGAUACAUGCGGGUACUGCCAGGGUAUGGGGCCUAUUGCCGCUACUUUGCUGUGCUACUUUGAUCCAGAGCGGGUGUAUGCCCUCAUGGUCCGCCUGCAUGACGUAUAUGGGAUGCACGAUAUCUUUGGUCCGGGCUUCCCGGGGCUGUUGGAGGCGUUCUACGUACAAGAGAGGCUGAUGGAGUGGUUGAUGCCAGACGUCUACAAGUCAUUCCAAAAGAACAUGAUCUCCUCCUCGUCCUGGGGUACAAAGUGGUAUAUCACCUUGUUUGUCAACACUAUCCCCUUUUCUCAGCAACUUCGGAUAUGGGACGCGAUGUUUCUGGAUGGGCGGGAUGUGAUGAUUAUGGCUUCUGUGGCCAUUCUCUGGAGUUUCAGAGACCUCCUAGCAGCCCCCACCGCCAACUUCGAAUCCAUCUUAUCCCUCCUCUCGAGCUUCUUUGUCGCAGAGGACGAAGACAAAUUUAUGCGUUGGAUCAAACGUAUGAUUCAUCAGCCAGGGAUGAAGUCCCGGAUGGACGGAUGGAGGGCAGAGUGGCAUACACUCGUCAGGGAGGGAAAGGACAGGGAUGCCUUAUUGUAG